AUGAAGAGCAGGUCGUCUCUCGCGGGCAGACCCCUGUGUGGUGCUCUAGCUUACCGUCUAUUCAUAUUCCUUACACUGACGAUAAACGGGCUCGUGUACGCCCAAUCUAAUUACAACUACCAGGGCUGCUACCCGUCGGAUGUCAUCGCAAAAGCUGGACUCUCGUCACGCGGGGGGUACAUGUAUCAAUCCGUUGGGUACUGUCAGCAACAGUGUGCUGGGUCCCAAGUCAUAGCUCUACUGAAUGGGGACCAAUGCUACUGUGGUCAGUCGGCACAGAGUCUGGCUGCAUUGCAAGCGGUCUCAGAUGGCCAGUGUAGCAUUAACUGUGUGGGUUGGCCAUACCAGAAGUGUGGUGGAUCCUCCGCAUUGGACGUUUACAUAGUCGCAUCAGUCACGGUCACAGCAGAGUCGUCGUCGUCGUCGUCGUCGUCAUCGACAGAGGAGGCAUCCUCCACAAAGCAGAGUACACGCACCAGUACUACGACGAAGGCUUCCUCGGCGACUGUGAGAGCAGCAUCGUCAAGAAUUACCUCCAUACUCACGCCUCCCAGUGUUGUAUCCAGUAGAGUCACACCAACAACGUCCACGCGGCAGACAAUAUCCACGCGGCAGACAAUAUCCACUACAACAAAUGAGGAAUCGUCCUCUACUGAAGAAACUUCAUCGACACAACAAACAACCUCCAAGGCGACUACUAUAUCCUCAUCGUCGCAACAUUCGUCAUCUUCUUCAUCAACACCGCAGACAAUAGAGACCCGCACAACAGAAUUGACCUCUGUGGCAGUGGUCACCUCGGUGCAGUACGCAACAAACCUAAUAACAAAGUCUGUCGUGUCGGAUAACGGCAGAACUACCAUUUUCGUCACGGCAACCUCCGUCAUGGAGGUCUCCGCACGUACUUCAACGGUUAAUCUGAAUAACAACGGGAAGUCACUCACCCCUGAACACCACGGGCUGAGCAAGGGCGGGAUCGCUGGUGUGGUGGUCGGAGUCGUUGUGGGUGUGUUUGUGAUAGCUGCCGUGCUGUUCUUCAUUUUCUGGAGAAGGAGACACACAGGGUCAUCGACAAACGAGUACGAAGAAUUCCAAGAAAAUAAACAACACCAGCCGUACUCCUUUGGAGAAACGGAAGGUGGUGCCACGGUGAUCCCACCGGUACCAACGAGCGCAGGGUGGAAGGGCGCCUCGAGGAAAGCGUCGAGGAAUUCUAUCUUGAACGGGUCCGAACUCGAUGACACGAUGAUGUCUCCAAGAACUGGCGACAUUGCACAGACAUACAGUCAACCUUCAACGGUGUUUGAAGAACCACAGGACUAUACUAAGGAUAUUUUUAGCACCGCGUCGGUGCCGGAUAUGGGGAACGACAACAUGUUACACAUUGUGAACCCGGAUCAUGAAGAUAACGAGGAUAACCACCAGCACACACAAAGUUUGUCGACUGACGACGAGAACUUGAGCCGAGAGUUCGAGGUUCUUUCGGAGAAAUAG